UGCACACUACCCUGCCCAGCCCAUCUUGGUUAACACUAACGACGGGAGUUUACCUGCCAGCCCGCGCAGCACUCUACUUUUACACACACACACUCUCUCUCUCUGCGCGCGCAUUGUCCACCCACCCACUUGCGCGUCGCCUCGUCCAGUUUUUUUUAAUUUUUGUUUCUCCCCUUCCCGCUCCCUCCUGAACCCCAGUUACAAGGUUGUUUCGGCGUGGCCUCUCGAUUGAUGCCUCCCUCCAGCCCCUCUCCCUCCUUGUGCCUGCGAAUCCCAUCCGGGUACAAGUAUGCAGGGCCCCAGCUGAGGGUCAGGCUCACGCUCGACACCUGCUCCCCCCGAUCUGCACCCGUUUCCGCACUGAGGCAUGCUACUUCGAUAUUCCCCAAGAGGCCACCUCAACCCCAUCGCCAGCAGACCCGUGUCUACGUGACCUCUCCCUCCUCCUCCUCCUCCUGUCCCACCCCUUCUGCCUCCCUCGCCCCCUCGCAGUCCUCCCCAACCAGGCCGUCCCCCAAUAUUAUAUCUACACAGUCGCAACUCCUCCGACACCAGAACCGCCUGCGACCAGCCUGGCUGUCCGGCAUCAUGGCCACAGCAACCCAGACCCGCGCGCACGCCGGCCACUCGCACUCGCACCACGACAAUGUCUACCUGACCUCCCAGAACAAGAACGACGCCGGCGUGCGCAUCACCCGCAUCGGGCUCUACUCGAACCUCGGCAUGGCCAUCGCAAAGUUCAUCGGCGGCUACCUCUUCAACUCCCAGGCCAUGGUCGCCGACGCGUGGCACAGCAUGACCGACCUCGCCUCCGACAUCCUGACCCUCGCGACCGUGUCCUUUAGCCUGCGACCCCCCACCGAUGCCUACCCCACCGGAUUCGGCAAGGUCGAGAGCCUGGGCUCCCUGGGCGUCUCGGGCAUGUUGCUCGCCGGCGGCGUCUUCAUGGGCAUGAGCAGCCUCGAGUCGCUCUACGGCCACUUCUUCCUCGACCCCGCCGCAGCCGAGGCCCUGCUGCAUCACGGCCACGGCCACAGCCACGGCCACGGCAUGGGCCCAAGCCUACACGCCGCCUGGCUGGCGCUGGGCACGGUACUGAUCAAGGAGUGGCUAUACCAUGCGACUAUGAAGGUCGCAAGAGAACGCAAGUCCGCCGUCCUGGCCUCCAACGCCAUCCACCACCGUGUCGACAGCUGGACCGGCAUCGUCACCCUGCUCGUGAUCCUCGGCGCAAACUUCCUCCAAGACGCGACGUGGCUGGAUCCUGUCGGGGGACUCCUGAUCUCCUUCCUGGUCAUCAAGGGCGGCUGGGGCAACACCAUGUCCUCGCUCUACGAGCUGGCGGACAGGACCAUCGACGACGAGGUCAAGAAAUCGGUCAGGAGGCAGGUGACCAAGAGCCUGCAGGGGGUCACAGAAGGCCACGAGGUGGAGCUCCGAGACGUGUCAGGGAUCAAGUCGGGCCAGAACUACCUGAUCGACCUCGAGCUGGCCGUCCCGCCCACCUGGACCAUCGAGGACGUCCGGGACGUAGAGAACGCGGUGCGGACAUUCGUCGGGGGCAAGGUCCGUGGCGUGAGGAAGGUCCGGGUACGAUUUGUGCCCAAGACCGCCGAUGGCGAGACCCCCAAGUUCGAUGAGUUCAUCUCCGGAAGCGUCAGCCCACAGUCGAGCCCAGAGCCGGAAGAGCAUGACCACAGCCACGAGAAUGGCAACGGCAACGGCAACGGGCACCACAAGCAGAAUUGAGGGUGUGCGAUGUAUCACGAGCACGAUCUGAAGACACUGGCAAGGACAUGAUUGUAACAGAUUAGAGGCUUGGCUUGGACUGUACAUAUAUAGUACCUGAGAGGUAAAGAUAUACACCGAAGCCGGUUGGCAUUUGGGCGGCGUUCAGGAAAUAUGGGAAGAAAGGGGUCACUUGACUGGCCUGUCACGAUAUGGCCAGGAAGAUGCACCGCAUAUCGAAUUCAUUUAUUUUGUCAGUUUGAGAUGUCAUUAUAUGACGAGACAGUAUUCUGUUCACCACCUGAUGUUUGAUAUGGUUUUCCUCAGACGGCGUGUAGACACUAGAG